UUAGUUGUCUAAAAUUGUAAAUAGAAGCUCCCAUCCCAAGUAUUCAUCGUAAAGUAUGAGAAUAGUGGUCGGCGGCCCGAUGUUGUCGUUGUUGUUGCGUAGGAAGAGGAGUUCACUGCCAUGGCUAUGGAGAGCAACAACAACAACAACAAGUACAAUCAGAUCAUUCUCUACUACGGACAACAAUGGCGGCGAUGAGUUUGUUCAGAGCUCCAAGGUCAAAAUCUUCGAUCGCCAUCUCAAAAGCAAACAACGUGACAGAGCAGCAUGGUUGAUGCGUCCAAAGGAUUCUCUUGUUGAUGCUGUGGCUGACAAUCUACUGGAUCGCUUAGAGGAUUGCAAAAAGACAUUUCCCACUGCACUAUGUUUGGGUGGUUCCUUGGAAGCUAUUAGGCGUUUGUUAUGCGGGCGCGGUGCCAUCGAAAAGCUAAUUAUGAUGGAUACAUCAUAUGAUAUGGUGAAAUUGUGUAAGGAUGCUGAGGAAGAUGCUUCCAACAAAAACAUUGAAACAUCAUUUGUGGUCGGUGAUGAAGAGUUUUUGCCUGUAAAAGAAAGUUCUGUAGAUCUGGUGAUUAGUUGCUUGGGACUCCAUUGGACAAAUGAUUUGCCUGGAGCCAUGAUACAGAGUAGACUUGCAUUGAAGCCUGAUGGCCUAUUUUUGGCAGCUAUUCUUGGUGGAGAAACGUUAAAGGAGCUGAGAAUAGCAUGCACCGUAGCACAAAUGGAGCGUGAAGGGGGCAUCAGUCCACGGUUAUCACCCUUGGCACAAGUGCGGGAUGCGGGCAAUCUUUUGACUAGAGCAGGCUUCAAUCUUCCAGGUGUUGAUGUUGAUGAAUACACUGUUAAAUAUCCAAGUGGUGAGCUUUUUUGUCCUAUGUUGAAGAGAGAAACAGCGCUAGCAACUGCAUCUGUUUACGAGUCAAUGUUUGCUGCAGAAGAUGGCACCAUCCCUGCUACAUUCCAGGUUAUCUAUAUGACAGGGUGGAAGGAACACCAUUCGCAGCAGAAGGCUAAAAGUAGGGGAUCUGCAACAAUAUCAUUUAAGGACAUCAAGAAGCAAUUUAGUGAUGGUGGUAGUAGCGGCUGACUGUCUCUCUCUCCCUCAUUUUGUUUCAUCAGUGUCCCAUUUUUUCUUUUACUUGUCAAUGCAUCUGUUUACACAAAUGUUUCAUCCUCGUCGAAGUGAAUGAAAUUGGAAAAAAGGAAAGCCUUGAGAACUUAGUGACGGACUGGUCAACAAUAAUUCCAAAUGAAAACUUAUGUCCUACGCAUUCUAGUUGUUGAUAAAUUAGUGUAUUUGGAUCUAAGAUUUGAAGAGAGAUUUGCGAAUGAAAAAUAGAAGCAGAGGAAAAUGUGUAAAAAUUUAACUUCUACUUCAUGCAAUUUUUCCGACCUAUUUCAUUAA